AUGUCCAAGAAAAACCGUAUCCGUGCGGACCGUGCCAAUAAUUCUACUCCACAGGAGCCAAUCAAACCUCCAGAGCCUCCACACAGAGCACGCUGGAGUCUCGUAGACUGUAUCGUCAUCGGUAUCAUCAUCCUAGCAGGCUGCGUCGUCAACUUCAUCGCUCGCGACUUCCACAACGGCAUUAGCCGCUAUAAACAGGUCUAUUGGCGUCAAGAGUACUCUGGAGGUAUCGUCUCCGAGCUGUUUCAGUUUCCGGAGAGUUUCGCGAGGGACUACGAGCGAAUGGAGAGGGACUUGAAGGUCUACAUCUACCGAGACAGAGACCCCGGCGCGUACUUCCAGUCGCCGAGGAAGCUUAUGGGGAUGUACGGGAGCGAGGCCUACUUCUUCGAGAAUAUCAAGGAGAGUCGCUUCCUCACCAAUGAUCCUCUUCAGGCUCACCUCUUCUUUAUUCCCAUUUCUUGGCAUAAAAUGCGUAGCCAGGGAACACCUUAUGAGAAUAUGAUCAUUAUAGUUGAGAAUUAUGUCCAGAGCCUGAUCUCAAAGUACCCCUAUUGGAACCAAACUCAAGGUUCUGAUCACUUUUUUGUGACAUGUCAUGACAUUGGUGUGGAGGUUGCUGAAAGAGUUCCAUUUCUUAAGAAGAAUCCAAUUCGACUCGUGUGUCCAGCUAGCUAUGAUACUCGUUAUAAUUCAUACAAGGAUAUUGCCCUCCCUCAAGUAAAUCAGUCAUUAUCUCCUGCCACUGUUAAUAGGACAACGCGUGGGCUCUGGGCAGGCAUUCCCAAUUCUGGAAUAAGAGCCAUUCUGGAACGUCUGUGGGAGAAUGACUCUGAACUUGACAUCCCGAACAACCUAAUAGAUACUGCUGAAGGAUAUCUACUAUAUCAUAACAAAGUUUAUGGGACAAAGUUCUGCAUAUGCCCUCGUGGAUUCCCAGACAAUACUGCCCUUAUAGCAGACUCGAUCCGUUAUGGAUGUGUUCCUGUUAUCAUGGCAAGGCUGUCAAGCUACCUGAAUUCCCCAUGCUAUGAUAUUCUUGGCUGGCAUAAUUUUUCAAUAAUACACCAGGAGGAGGAUGUAUAUUUGCUUAAGGACACUCUUAAAGGAAUUCGGUGCAGAUUUCACUAG